ACGGCGCCGGGCGAUGGCUCAGGCUCAGCUGGGGCUGCCGAGCCCCUUCGCGCAGCCCCCGGUCGGACCGUGCCCCGACUCUGACUUUGACUCUGAUUCCGAAGAUGCGACCGCGGGCGGUGCGGGGCCCGGCGCCGGGCUGCAGAACCCCUCGCAGGUGAUCCAUAGCGGCCACUUCAUGGUGUCAUCCCCGCAUCGCGACGCGCUGCCCCACCGGCGUCAGCGCCGCGCCGAGCCCUCUGCGGCCGAUCCGCGGAGCAUUGACCCGACCCUGACGCGGCUCUUCGAGUGCAUGAGCCUGGAGUACAGUGGGAAGCUGGUGUCACCAAAGUGGAAGAAUUUCAAGGGGCAGCGGCUGCUUUGCCGGGAUAAAAUCCGCCUCAACAAUGCCAUCUGGAGAGCGUGGUACAUCCAGUAUGUGGAGCAGAGGAAGAACCCUGUCUGUGGUUUCAUCACCCCUCUGGAGGGGUCAGAAGCUGAUGAGCACCGCAAACCAGAGGCCGUGGUGCUGGAGGGCAACUACUGGAAACGGCGCAUCGAGGUGGUGAUGAGGGAGUACCACAAGUGGAGGACCUACUACAAGAAGCGGCUCCGAAAGUCCAGCCGGGAGGGAGAGCUCUCCAGCCCGAAGCAGGACGAGGAUGCCUGGAGACCAACGGAGAAAUGGUGCAACCAGCUCUUCUGCAACGUGGUGCCCAUGCUGCUGGGGGACGAGGAGGAGGAGCCGGGGGGUAGGCAGCACUUUGACUUGGACACAUUCCUCUCGGACAUCUCUGACACCCUCUUCACCAUGACACAGAUGCCCAGCGCCCACCAGGAGCUCCCCGAGGACGUGUAUAUCGGGAAUGCUGACAUGAUCCAGCCAGACCUGGCACCUCUGCAGCCCAGCUUGGAUGAUACCAUGGAGAUAUCAGAUAUUUUCAUCAGCCAUCGGCCGCUGCCUGCGCAGAUGUCGCUGGGCUAUCAGGAGCCGCCCUGCUUUGAGCCCCUCUAUGGCAGUGGAGGGACCGUGCCUGCCAACCCCGAUACCCCGCUCCCACCCAGCCCUCUCCUCCAGGUGAGCGGGACCCUGGCCCAUGACCCAUGGCCGCCAGUGCCCGAGCCACCCCUCCUGACACAGCCGUGUCCCCCGCAGCCCGGUGACGCCACCCAGCUCAGCCUCCACGGUGCCUUCUUUGGCCCUGAGCAGCCGCCGCUGGCCCCCGAGCCCCUCACCGCUGUGCCUGGCUGCCUCAGCCCCCAGCUCAAACCCAAGCCCUUGCUGCAGUAUGGUUUCCCCAGCAAGUGCCUCGGCACAGAGCCACUCAGCCUCCCUUACACCGCCCCCAGCCAGGCCCCCGGCGCACCGUUACUGGGCUCACAGCCGCCAUUUUCUCCUGCCUCCGCACCCCACUCCAAGUUCCCCUUCACCACCUCGCCCAGCCCCUCGCUCCUCGCCCACCCUGCAUCCCCGCUGUCCGUGCCGUGCUUUGCCCAGCACACCCCGGGCCUGGGCUACGCCAUGGACGUGGUGCCCCUAGGGUACCCCAGCCCAGCCACACCCCAGCACCUGCCCCCCGCCGCGCCACCUGGGCCCAGGUUUGCUACCCCAAAAGGGCCGACCUCGGGUGAGCGGCCGAAGAUGAAGGCCAGCAGCACCAAGGCAAAGAGGCCGCCAGGUCCCCCUGUGACUCCACACCUGACAGUGUCCAAUGCCUGCCUGACUCAGCUCCUGGCCACAGCCAAGCAGGAGCCAGCCUUCGAUGCCCCACAAGUGCAAGGCCCUGCACUCAUGCCUGCGUCCCCAGCCUCUCCGCAGAGCAGUGUCCCCGAUGUUCCUGCUGUCUUCCUGCCCAGAAUGGCCCAGCCAAGCUCGGUGCUGUCUCCUGGCUCCAGCCCUUCGCAGGAGGUGCCUGUGAUGCAGGCAGGUGCUGCACCAGGGCCGCUGCGGGUCCCCAAGGUGGAGCGGCUCUCCCCAACAUCAGUCUGUGGCAGUGACUGGCCCAAGCCUGGCCAGGUGUCCCCAGGAGCUGCUCUACCACCCGGUACCACCAUUUCCCUGCACCACCCCCCAUCCCGUCGGGGCAGGCCUGACUCCAGCAAGGGAGAGGCCCAAGGCCAUCUCUGCUGCCUGCAGAUGGAGAGCCGGCGCAUCACACACAUCUCUGCUGAGCAGAAGAGACGUUUCAACAUCAAGCUGGGCUUUGACACACUGCACAGCCUGGUGAGCACACUGAGUGCCCAGCCCAGCAUUAAGGUCAGCAAGGCCACCACCCUGCAGAAGACUGCUGAGUACAUCUGCAAACUGCAGCAGGAACGGGCGGCCCUCCAGGAUGAGGCGCAGCGGCUGCGGGAGCAGAUUGAGGAGCUCAACAGCUCGAUCAACCUGUGCCAGGAGCAGCUGCCAGCCACUGGGGUGCCCAUCACGCGCCAGCGCUUCGACCAGAUGCGCAUCAUGUUUGACAGCUAUGUGCGCUCCUCCACACUGCACAACUGGAAGUUCUGGAUCUUCAGCGUAAUCAUCCGGCCCCUCUUUGAGUCCUUCAACGGCAUGGUGUCCACGACCAGCAUGGAAAGCCUCACGCAGACGUCCCUGGCCUGGCUAGAGCAGCACUGCUCCCUCCCGGCGCUUCGGCCCUCCAUCCUGAGUUCCCUGCGGCAGCUGAGCAUCUCCACCUCCAUCCUCAGCGAUCCUGCCCGAGUUCCCGAGCAGGCGGCGCGGGCCGCGGCCGGAGGCGGCCCCUCCUAGCGCCCAUGGACCGGGCCGGACAGCACCGACGAGAAACAACGGAACAAUUCGGGAGAGGGAGGGAGGAAGGGAGGGAGCUGCCACCGCAACACCCACGCAGCGCUCGCGGAACCCGGCCGCGUCCGCACCAUAAAGCCCUCGGAACGCCGCGCCGCGCCGCUCCUCCUUCCGG